GCGCAUACACGUACAGGACAUAUCGACAGCUGGGCUGCGAUCACUAAUAACGCUGUCAAUAAGCUCCUUAAAAGAGCUGACUGCUGCUACGAAGCACUCCUGCCGUUGACGGACCAAUCUCUUAAUUUUUAAUCAACAAACCAAUCGGAUAAUUAUGGUGCAGAGAUUUCCGUCAAUGGCCUUCAUCACAAUGAUUAAGUUAUUUAUUUAUUCAUUGAUUUUCCUGGCUGGCCCGGGAAAAAUCGAUUUUACACUCGCACAACAAACACACAGAUUUCCGUCAUUCAGCGAGAAUUCGACAGUCGCUCUCCCCAGUACUUCACCGAUCAAUGGACCUACCACUCUGUUCGAAUGGGCGGCCGGACCGUGGGGCGACUGCGGUAGCACAGAGAACUCGACAUUUUGUGGACAAUCGCGAGAUGUAUUUUGCGUUUAUAUCGGAGGAAUCAAAACUCAAGUGCCAUUUUAUUUCUGUGACAGUAUACCUAGACCGAUAAAAUACCGGCAAUGCAAUCCUUGCCCGGAAAAUUGUGUUUUAGGCCCUUGGAGUUUGUGGUCCGAUUGGAGUGGUACCUGCAGGCCAGCCAAUCGCUAUCGGACGAGGUCUGUGUUCCGUGCCACGAGGUUCGGGGGAAAGGAGUGUGGUGAAGUGUCCCAGAUUCGGCGGGAUGUGAAGUUGCCAGAUUGCCGGGUCGAGUUGACGAUGCCGGUUUUUAAAUGGAGGAUUGGAGAAUGGACGAGCUGUAGACAGCCUGACAGUGCUGCGCCCAGCUCAUGCAUGGUUGGCCAGAGGUACCGUCAGGUCGACUGUGUAGAUGACAUAGGAGAGAUAGUAGAAGGUGAAAGAUGUCUAGAGAAUAGAGAAUCAGAGAUUGAAAACGUUCUUCAAACGGUCAACUUUGAGCCAGCGAGACAAGAGAUCUGCACCGUUCCCUGUGACUGCAUCGUCUCUCUCUGGUCAACCUGGGGUGAAUGCUCCGUGACCUGCCAUGACCCCACCGCUCAAGAGGUUGUAGGUCACAGGCUGAGGUCGCGGAGGGUGCUAAGGGCAGCUUCACAUGUAGGGCUUCCGUGCCCCACUCUGGAAGAUCAUCAACCAUGUCUGAUUCAAAACAUGACAGCAUGCCCUCAGUAUGACUGGUAUCUACAGGACUGGCAGCAGUGCCGAGUAACCCUGAAUUCCAGUGCAACCUGUGGGGCUGGUAUUGAGACUAGGCAGGUGUUCUGUGUGGAUGGUGGUAUCGAUGUCUUGACACCAGUAGCUGAUGAACUCUGCUUUAAUUCUGAUUCUGCUAGCCUGUUCAAACCCGUUGCCAAUCGAGCCUGCUACCUGGACUGCCCUGUUGACUGUGAAGUAGGUCACUGGUCGCACUGGUCAUCCUGUACAAAGAGCUGUGGAGAGGGCGCUGUUCAAAUGCGCUACAGGGAGGUGCUAGUUGAGAAUGUGUUUGGGGGCCAGGAGUGCCCUUCUCAGGUUGAACUGAGGGCCUGCGAGGCCAUAGAGUGCGCUUGGUGGCAUACAGGACGAUGGACAAAAUGCUUCCUGGACCGAGGUUACGAUGACUGCGGACCUGGCAAGCGCCACAGGGCCGUGUACUGCAUGAACGCUCUCAAUAAGCGCGUUGAUGCGUCCUACUGCGCUGGCAAGACGAAGCCGGAUCGACAGGGAACGUGUAGCGUACCUUGCGCAGAGGAUUGCGUGGUGUCCGAGUGGUCUGACUGGGGGGCCUGCUCGGUGUCUUGUGGACCGAACGGAGGCGCUCGGAAGAGAUCGAGGAGAAUUGUGGCGUACCCAUACAACCGAGAUCUCAAUCCGUGCCUUUCUGAAGAAGAACUUACUCAAAGCAAACCUUGCAAUAUCCAUGUAUCGUGCCACACAUACUCAUGGCAGGCCACUGCAUGGGGAGAAUGUCAAAUGAAUUCAACAGCCAACUGUGGAGGAGGAGGUACUGGAGUGGGAGGAUGUUUAAUGAAUGGAACAGCCAGCUGUGGAGAGGGCAUUGGAAUGGAGUCAAGGGACGUAGGCUGUGAAAUGGAAACGGGAUCGGUUGCUGAUGCAAGCCAGUGUGACGGUUGGUCCCUGCCUGAGGGUUCUAGGCCCUGCGACGUAGCCUGUCCUCAGGACUGCGAACUGAGCCCAUGGAGUACUUGGUCCUCCUGCAGUGCAUCGUGUGGUCUACAUGCCAAGAGGACCAGGACCAAACGUGUCCUGACUCUUCCGGUGAAUGGAGGACAGCCCUGUUCACAGGAGACUGAUGAGAAUGGUCUCAUUACCCAGUACAGUCCCUGCAUGGACAUCGACCCUUGCUACACCUACCAGUGGGUGGCCAGUGCUUGGUCGGAGUGUCAGGUCAUAGGGUCAAACUGCGGAAAGGGCUUACAGACCAGAGAGGUCUACUGCGGGCGCAACGAUGGGCUUGAAGCAGAGGAUGGCAUGUGUCUUCUGGACUUUACCCAGCCCUCACCCACCCCAACCCAGCGAUGCUAUAUUCCUUGUGGUGGUGAUUGUCUUCUCUCAGAAUGGUCUGAGUUUGGACCAUGUCAGAGUAACUGUGGCACCGAGUCUCUCAGGAACUACUGCAGGAUGAGAAAGAGAGACAUUGUCGGUGUUUCGAUGACUGAAAGCUUGAGUGAGCUUUGUCCUCACAUAGCAGAUAGUGAUCUCCAUGAGUUCCUUCUAUGUGGCUUGCAAUCAUCCACCUACUCUUGGACGUUUGGACCUUGGACUACCUGCACACUGGCUGAAGGACUGAAGUGUGGUGAUGAAGGGAAGCAGAGCCGAGCAGCCAUCUGUCUCAGGGAUGACAAUGUCCAGGUUGCUGAUCUCUUCUGUGAGCCUUUGUACCCCUCCCAGGCUGGACCGUUAGAAGAACGACCCUGUAACGUCCAGUGUUCCAUUGAUUGUGAGGUCACUCACUGGUCUAACUGGACAUCAUGCUCACAGGCUUGUGGUCAAGGGGAGAGAACAAGAACCAGGGCAAUUAUGAUCAGUCCGAUUCAGGGAGGUAGAGCCUGCCCUCUGUUGACUGAUACACAUAUGUGCUUCGAGAGAUCAUGUGACCUUAUAGAAUGGGACAUUUCCGAGUGGAGACCCUGUCUACCGACAGAUCUAACAACAAACUGUGGAGCCGGAACUCAGUCUAGGAACAUCAGUUGUCCAGUCGGAGCAGAGAAUGAAAGUUUAUGUCAGAGGAGAAAAGCAAAACCAGCUCUGACACAGGCUUGUCAUUUGCCCUGCCAAGGUGAAUGCGUAUACAGCGAGUGGUCUGCGUUUACGAGCUGCAGUCAGCCGUGUGCGAAUGCCGAGAAAUCACGAAGCAGGAUUGUGAUAAGGCCUGAUGCCGAGCUACAGCCCUGCACUCCACUCAGGCAGACUGAGACGUGUUCUCAGGAGGACUGCCUGGCGUCUGUCUACGGGCUGGCGACUGGAGAAUGGAGCACAUGCAGACCCAUUCAGGGAGAAUGUGGAAGAGGAACCAGAUUCCGCACUUUAAACUGUGUCAACGCUGCCAACGUCCCUGUCACAAUGAACCUCUGCCAGCAUGAGAACAUCACGGCCCACCAGACGUGCAUGGUAGAAUGCCCCGUAGACUGCCAGCUGGGAGCGUUCACACCCCGGUCACGGUGCAGUGCGUUCUGCGGAACCCAUGGCAUCACGUUCAAGACACGCAAGAUUGUCACCCUGUUCUCUGGGAACGGUCGACGGUGUCAGGACGCACACAGUCUGAACGAGACGAGACCUUGUAACGUCAAGCCUUGCUUCACCUAUCAAUGGUACAGAGGAAACUGGAGCGGUUGCCAAUUUGACAGCAAAGCUGGUUGUGGGGUUGGAUACGAGACGAGGCUCGUCGAAUGUCAACGCAGCGAUGGUCUUACUGUAGACUGGGAGUACUGCUACCUCAAUGCUAUGAAUGGAGAUGUAGAUGUGGUCAACCCACUUGGAUCCACUUUCAACCGGUCUGAACUGGAUUUAGCCACUUCUCGCCAGUGUAUUACAUGGUGUCCUGGAGAUUGUGUUGUGUCAGAGUGGUCACAGUACACAUCUUGUACCGCCAACUGCUUCAACUCCAGUAUCAGCGGGCAGAGGACAAGAAUAAGAGUUGUUACCAGUCCGUCUGUCAUGGGAGGCAAACCAUGUACUACAAACCUCAUCAGUUCAAGAUCUUGCCCAGCUGAUAGUGCAACGUGCCCCAUGUUUAGAUGGGGAGCUGGGCAGUGGGACAGGGCUACAAGAUCCAGGGACGUCUGGUGUGAAACAAUGGAUCCGAGCGGUAAUCUUAUGGUUGUGGAAGGUGGAUGUGAUGAGACCCAUAAACCACCCUCAUCUCUAGACUGUAUACCUGAGUGUACCUCUCUAGGAAGCUAUUGUGAUAAUGGGGUCUGCAAGUGUGCCGCCGGAUUCCUGGGUAAUGGGAGGACAUGUUAUCCGUCUGUUGGUUGUAUAGUAGAUACACAUUGCCCUUUCCCACACACUAUGUGCAGUCCAGAAAGAGAGUGUACCUGCAGACCAGGCUAUUAUUCAGUCGAUGGUAUGUUGAAGUGUGUCCCUAUCAAUGUCCCAGGUACCACCCCUUCUGGAGGGAUAGCUGUGGAUGACAAUGAUUCAGACACCAGCCCAUACCAGUCUAAAAGAGGUACAUGGAAGUGGGUGGUUGGUGCUGUAUGCAUGGGACUGAUCAUACUGGCAGCUAUUUUAUGUGGAGCUAUAGUUUAUAGGUAUUACCAUACUGGGGAAGUCCAUUUUGAGCCGAUACCAAACUCAACCAACUACAGAAGAUCCAGAUCAUUCCGAUCUGGCUUUAAAACAAGUACGUUGGAAGAAACAAAAUGCUGACAGAGAUUAUAACAACAGAUACAUCCUGCAACUGUACUUUUAUUACAGCACUGGUCGACUUGAGGCCCGGUCAGACCUCUCCGGUAAUGAGGACUAUAACUAAAAUGAUGUAUCAUUUCGAAAUCCUGUAUCCUGUUGGAAAAUGUAUUGGACAUCAUUUUUGCAAGUCAGACCCCGAAUAAUCAGUGCUUCCUUUCUCAAAUGUCUCCUCUUUUCUCAUUACAACGGAAGCCUAUCAGCAUUGGUAUUUCAUCAUGCACUGUAUAAUGAAUAGCAACUGAGUAGAGAAAUGUUCGAGAUGGGAAAGACAUUUUUUUUUAUUAGAAAAUGUAAUAUGUACAGUUAAUAACAGAUACAUACUGGAGACAGGUAUCUAGUAGAGCGGUGGUCUCGUAACCGGGAGAUCCUGGGUCCGAAACCUAGUCAUUGCGCUCUUGCCCUUUGGUAAAGGCAUUAAACCUCAUUACAAAGUCCCUCAGAGAGGACUUAAAGCCGUCGGUCCCCUGGUUGCUUACUUACAAGCACAUACAUGCUUUCUUUGCAGUCAGGUAAAGCACACCAUCAAACCAUAAAACAAGUGUACUUUUAUCAGCACUGGCAGAUUUAAGGGCCGGUCAGAGUUCUCUGAUAACUAACAUGGUAAUUCGUUCCGAAAUCCUGUUGGAAAUUUAAUUGGAAAUCCUUUUUGUAUGAGCCAGACCCCUACUUAUCAGUGCUUCCUUUCUCAAAUAUUUAUGUCUUCUCAUUUCUUAUAACAACGGAAACCUAUCAGCAUUAAUAUUUAACCAUGCACCACGUAAUGAAUAGCAGCUAGAGUAGAGAAAUGUUCAUGAGAGGGAAAAAAGUAUUUUGAUUUCAAAAUUUAACAUGUGUAUGAAUACAUUCUACAUUGCAAUCAAGGUUUAUGAACAUUAUCCAAUCAGGUUCCAGCUCUUAUUAAGGUGCAGCUGAAUUUUGCACCUCGUGAUUGGUGGGUUAAAAGAUGUUAAGUUCAUAUGUCCAUAAGGACCAAGUUUGAUGAUAUUUUCAAGUAAUAUUAUUUGUAUAAAACAAUAUGUUAUUUAUAUGUUAUAUAGUAGUGUUAGGUAUAUGAAUAAAAGAUGUUAGCUUGUUUAAGUUCUACUUACUACAUACAUUGAUGACGGGUUGAGAAAAACAUCUAUGUAUUUCCACGCUGAAACAUGUCGUAUUUUUGUAAAAGCUGGCUCUUUAGUAUUAGUUUUGCUACUGAGGGUAGAUAUUUAUUUAUUAUUUUCAUUAUAUUUAUAUAAGAUAGUUAUGUAUAACUCUAUCUUUUUGUGUGCUUACUUUCAUGUAGUGUAUUUAUAUUCACCCCUUCAUACUAUUUUAAAGUGUAGCCAUCAUCUAAAGAUAAUUUGUGUAGAGCUAGAAUUUAUGAAAUCAAGCUUCAGAAAAGUUCAUCCAGAAUUCUAUGGUCUUACAGGAAGAUGAAGAUAGUGAAGAAUAACAUAAAACCCGACGCGCAGAACCCAAGUACAGGAGGGUGUUUCAUAAAGCUGUUCGUAAAGUUACGCAUGACUUUACGAACGACUUGUAUAUGAAAAGCCAAAUGGGAUGCUCAAUCAUUAUUGAUUA